AGACGACGCUUAUCAGUGACAGAAGAAAGGCUUAGUUGUCAUCUUAGGAAUUUCUACGACGUCUUAUCACCUUCUCUAUGUCUCCAAGUAGAAUUCCACCUUAACAGCAGCAGUCUCUGGCCCUUUCACAAUUUAUCGUCAGUUUAAGCGCUGGAUCUCUAUGGCAGAUCACACAGAAGAUAAUGAUCCUUUCGAAGAGGACAUUGUCUUCGACCAAGCGGGUCUCCUCGGUGGGAAGAUGCCACGGUCAAGACAGCAAUCCACCGUGGGGUUCUUACCUACUUUCAUGCUGUUCAUAAGGACCGUUUUCCUUUGUAUAGCCUUUAUUGGUUUGGGACUAUGUGUAUCCGUAAGUGGAGGUCCUCUGAUAAAAUUGGAAAUAGGAGUGGGCAUAUCAGUAGAAACAGCAUUCCAUACCUUCACAGCACGUUCUGUUGGCACGCUCUUUGGAGGAAUCCUAGGUUCAUUGCUGUUUGAAGUAUACAAUCGCCAGUUCCUGAUGUUUGUCAGCUUGGUAUGGGUAGCCGUUUGCGUCACAGUCAUGCCCUUCACCGUCGCAACAGCCCUCUGGUGGACAUUUGCAACAACCGCUGCCUUGGGAAUGGGACUGGGCUUUUUGUUCACAGGUGGAAAUGUCCUUUGUCUAGACUUGUGGGGCCGUGCCGGUGGUGCCUCCCUGCAAGCUCUACACUUCAGUUUUGCAGUUGGAGCUUUUAUCGCACCACUUGCAAUUCAUCCAUUCUUUGUUGGGUUGCACCCUUUUGAGAUCCAAAGCAAUCAGUCUCUAAUGGAGACCACAGCUAUGACAGAGGCUCCACACAUGCCAAGGUUUGUCCGAAGUUUGCAGGAUGAUGUAUAUAAUGCUAGCUAUAGUGAAGAACAGCCUUUGGGGAAUCUUACUAAUGAAAAGAUUAAACUUUUAACACUACCUAAGGUCACAACUGAAGACACCAUAUUAGUAGUUAAUAGCACAUCUGAUCAUCUCUUGACAUCAUUAGAGAAUGAAAAUGAUACAUCAGUGACUGUGGAACCAGAUUAUACAUUGCCAGAGACAACAACUAGUGCAAAAGCUGCAUCUACAAAACCCCCAAUGAAGAAACCCAAUUUUACUGAUGGCAAUGCUUUGCAUCCUGAUAGUGAUACAAAAUGGAAGCGACCACCCUCCAGAGACCAAGGGAAAACAAAAGUAAACCCACCUAAACCUCAACAAGAGCCGUCCAAAAAUCAAACUCUGGAAAUUUCCGUUCCAACUGCAGCAUCUGUUGAAGCUGAACAGUCAACAGAGGGUUCUGGUGAUAAUGAUGCCACUUCAUCAGAGGUGCACAUCACAAUGGUUCCAGAGCAAGUUGAGGAAGCUGUGCAGACUGAAAACCAACCUGUGGUGAAUGAGACUACAGUUGAAACAGAAGAUUCUUCUGUUAAAUUGCCAACUGUCCUCCCUAGUACCACAAGCACACCUAAACCUACAACUGUUGAGAUCAUUCCUACAACUACCACUGCUGCCACUUCCACAACCACUUCUCCUACUACUACUACUACUACUACUACUAGUACUACUACUGCUGCUACUACUACAACCACAUCGACCACCACCACAACUCCAGCAACCACAGUUGUUACAACCUAUAUGCCAGAGACAACAGAGGAUCCCAGUUUACCUCUUGUACCUUACUCCAAGGAAGUAGCAGAGCAAGAAGAUCAUGAAGACCAUUUAAGGGAAGAUUUGGAAGAAGACAUUGAAGUUCCAGAGAAUGUGGAUGGUGAAAAUAUGGAUGACGAUUCUGAAGAGGAACCAGAGGCUCAGGGCCUACAGGAGGCCUUAGGUGAUGAACCAAUCAGCGAGGAGUCCUAUGAGGAUGAACAAAAUAAGAGUGGGAUAUCAUCAGUUAUGCAUUCCCAGAAGCCUGGUACCUAUAGCAUUGGAAGUGAUGAAAAUAAUAAGUUUUUGGAUGAUAUGGCAAAGCGUUUUAAAGAUUAUGGAGUGACCAAAGUCCACUUAGCCUACAUAUGUAUUGGGAUUUUUAUUAUUCUCAAUGCAUUAAUAUCAGUUGUCAUCCUUUGCCACAAUCCACGGGAACCAAGAUCGAAGCAGGAUGAUGGAAGCAUGGGUGAAAUCAACAAAAGUAGAGUCCUUAUCUUCAUGGUCAUAUUUUCAGUGUUCAUGUUUAUGGCUGAAGCAUUGCAAGGGGCAGUGCAUCACCUUUUAGCUACAACAGAUACUGGCACAGGACUCGAUGUUAUUCAGAAUACUGGCAUAGAUGGUCAGGCUCUCUUCUGGGGCCUAGUGUGUCUGGUAAGAUUUCUCUGCAUAUUAGUUUCUGGAUGUUUGAGACUGAAACCAGGAAAGCUCUUGACAAUAUCUAUUCUGUUUGCAGCAAUGGGCUCGGUCUUCUUGGCCAUUGGUUCAUAUGGGAAGGAUGAUUUUCUCUGGUCUGGCAUUAUUUUCAUGGCCCUUGGGCUGGCUCCUAUCUUACCCACAAGCCUCCUUUGGAUGGCGCAGUACAUGAGAGUGACUCACCGUAUGUGUGCUCUCAUGAUCAUAUUGGCUUCAUUCGGAAAUUCCCUUACACACUCACUCCUUACAAAGGUUGUGGGCAAUUCACAUGUAUAUCCAUUUAUCCUUGUAACAGUCAGUUUUGUAUCUCUCUUCUGUUUGUUGUUAUCAAUGUGUGUGAUUUACACUGCCAGGCGAAGUCGAACCCUAGGCGUGCCAGCAGGAUACCAGCUGGCAAAUCAGCAUGAAGAAGAGGAUAGCAUUGAACUUACCCCUUCUGGGAGUGCAGUAUUUACUCCCAGCGACCCACCUGUAAGAGAGAAUGGGGAAGCUGGUCAGUCACUCUUGAUAGAUUAGCAGCUGAUGAUUCAUGUAGGUCUUAUCUUCAUUUUGUAAUGCAUUGAUGUGAAUAUCUUUAGGAUAAUCAACCGUUUAGUAAAUCUAGUCCUUAUUUUCAUAUUAUAUCAGUUCUAAAGAGUAUAAAACAACAUUUUAGAAGAACAUUAAGUUUUGGAAAAUCACAAGGUAGAAAUUCUUUCUAUGGAGAUUAUUAAACAACUGUGGUGAUACAAAGUGAUACAAGGCUUUAUGUUUUCUUAAUUUUAUUGAAUUGCAUCGUCUGUAAGGUCAUCAGAGUUAGGUAAUAAAACGAAAGACAUUCCAAUGCUAGGUCCAGGGAAUUAGUUCUUGUCUAGUUUUACGUUAAGGACUAGGCUAGUAUUCUUUUUUUCUUUCU